AUAUGCACACAAUAAAAACACACACAAACUAAUCCACCUGACAAUUAAUAGUGCCCUAUAAAAUGGCAUAUUGACCAGUACUCCUCAACCUGCAAUAUACAAGUAUUUAGUGAGAGCCAGAGGAGGGAAAUUAAGAUAUCUAUAGAGAGAGAUGGAAGUUUACACUCUUAAGAACUCAGGUUCACACCAUGUGCUCACAUUCCUCCUCCUAACUCUUCUUCUAUUCAUCACACACAUUCAAGCUGCCAAAACACCCACAACCUACACAAACUUCAUCAAAACCUCUUGCAAUUCAACCACAUAUCCCUCACUUUGCUACAAAUCACUCUCUUCCUACGCCGCCUCCGUCCAAACCAACCCGAAAAAGCUCUGCAACGCCGCCCUCACCGUCACCAUACAGGCCGCUCGCAACACUUUGGACACGGUAUCAAAGCUGGCUGCACAGAAGGGACUCACGAGCAGCGAAGCAGCGGCCAUCAAAGACUGCGUCGAGAAUGUAGGAGACAGCAUCGACGAGCUCAAGCAAUCUCUGAAGGCAAUGGGAGGUCUGGGGAGUAGUACUGAUGUGGAUAAAGAGUUUCUGAUGAGCAGUGUCAAGACAUGGAUGAGUGCCGCCAUAACGGACGAGGACACGUGCACCGAUGGCUUCGCUGGCCGGAAAGUGAGCGUGAGUGUGAAGAACAAGGUGAGGAGCAGCAUCUUGGGUGUUGCCAAACUUACCAGCAAUGCUCUGUCUCUCAUCAACCACCUCACUUAUUAAAUUUAAACUACUACUUGUUUAAGGUUUCUAAUUUGUAUCCGAAAUGGAACUGCAUCCAUGUUGUGAAUGAUGUGUGUGUGUUUAUUUUUAACUUUCGUUCUCUUGAUUGUGCUGUCCAUCAUAAUUUGCAUUUUUGGGUGAAUAAAAAUAACAGGUGCACAUGUGAGUCACUUUAAAUUCUAAAA